CCCGACUUGAAAUCCGCCCUCACAGGGAGUGGGACGCCCGACGCCCGCUCCCCCCACCCUCGGGGUCCCCUCCGUGGCCUGACCGGGACGCAGCGUUGCGGCGGCCCCGGCGCCGCAAAGCGUCCUGGGAGGGCCGGCUCGCGCCGGAAGAACGCGAGGGCGCGCGGCGGCGGCGAGGUUAUAAAAGGGAAGAAGCCGGCGGCGGGCGGAAGUGGGCGGUUCGGCUGCUCCGGGCGCUGUUGUUUGGUCUUUGGGCUUCUGGAGGGGCGUUAUCUGGGGGGCCGCCGGUGCAGGCCGCAGUGACAGGGCUGCUCUCCCGGCGCUCCGUGCCUGUCUCCCGGUGCAGCUGUGCUCGCGGCCUCCGCGGCCUGCAGGCCCAACAUGGCGCAGGAGGUGUCGGAGUACCUGAGCCAGAACCCGCGGGUGGCCGCCUGGGUGGAGGCGCUGCGCUGCGACGGCGAGACUGACAAACACUGGCGCCACCGCCGGGAUUUUUUGCUCCGCAACGCCGGGGACCUGGCCCCCGUUGGCGGCGCUGCCUCCGCUAGCACGGAUGAAGCUGCCGACGCCGAGAGCGGGACCCGAAACCGGCAGCUGCAGCAGCUCAUCUCCUUUUCCAUGGCCUGGGCGAACCACGUCUUCCUCGGGUGCCGAUACCCUCAAAAAGUUAUGGAUAAAAUACUUAGUAUGGCUGAAGGCAUCAAAGUGACAGAUGCUCCAACCUAUACAACAAGAGACGAACUGGUUGCCAAGGUGAAGAAAAGAGGGAUAUCGAGUAGCAAUGAAGGGGUAGAAGAGCCAUCCAAAAAACGAGUUAUAGAAGGGAAAAACAGUUCUGCAGUUGAGCAAGAUCAUGCAAAAACUUCUGCCAAGACAGAACGUGCAUCAGCUCAGCAGGAAAACAGUUCAGCGGGUACAGGGGCGGCCAUCAAAUCAGAGAGUGGGAACUCAGCUCGGAGCGCUGGCAUCUCCAGUCAGAAUAGCUCUACAAGUGAUGGAGAUCGAUCUGUCUCCAGCCAAAGCAGCAGCAGCGUUUCCUCUCAGGUAACAACGGCAGGAUCUGGGAAAGCUUCUGAAGCAGAAGCUCCAGAUAAACACGGUUCUGCAUCAUUUGUUUCCUUGCUGAAAUCCAGUGUGAAUAGUCACAUGACCCAAUCCACUGAUUCUAGACAACAAGGUGGAUCACCUAAAAAGAGUGCUUUGGAAGGCUCUUCAGCCUCAGCUUCUCAAAGCAGCUCAGAGAUCGAGGUGCCCUUGUUGGGCUCCUCAGGAAGCUCAGAAGUAGAAUUGCCACUGUUGUCUUCCAAACCUAGUUCAGAGACAGCUUCAAGUGGGUUAACUUCCAAAACUAGUUCAGAGGCAAGUGUUUCAUCAUCAGUUGCUAAAAACAGUUCCUCAUCAGGCACAUCCUUACUGACUCCCAAGAGCAGCUCUUCAACAAAUACAUCGCUGCUAACUUCCAAAAGCACUUCCCAGGUAGCUGCGUCACUUCUAGCUUCCAAGAGCAGCUCCCAGACCAGUGGAUCACUGGUUUCCAAAAGCACUUCCUUAGCAAGUGUGUCCCAGUUGGCUUCUAAGAGUAGUUCUCAGACUAGCACCUCACAGUUGCCUUCUAAAAGUACUUCACAGUCAAGUGAGAGUGCUGUCAAAUUCUCUUGCAAGUUAACCAAUGAAGAUGUGAAACAGAAGCAGCCUUUUUUCAAUAGACUGUAUAAAACGGUGGCAUGGAAGUUGGUAGCUGUUGGUGGCUUUAGUCCCAAUGUGAAUCAUGGAGAGCUUCUAAAUGCAGCUAUUGAGGCUCUGAAAGCAACACUGGAUGUAUUUUUUGUCCCACUAAAAGAAUUAGCAGAUCUGCCUCAAAAUAAGAGCUCUCAAGAAAGUAUUGUUUGUGAAUUGAGGUGCAAGUCUGUGUAUUUGGGCACUGGCUGUGGAAAAAGCAAAGAAAAUGCAAAAGCAGUUGCAUCAAGAGAAGCAUUGAAGUUAUUUCUCAAGAAAAAGGUGGUGGUAAAAAUAUGUAAAAGGAAAUACAGAGGCAGUGAAAUAGAAGAUCUAGUACUCCUUGAUGAAGAAUCGAGGCCUGUAAACUUACCUCCAGCAUUAAAACAUCCUCAAGAAUUACUAUAAUGUGUCCAAAAUAUCACUGCAUACAAUAUCUGGUAUUUGAAGAGAAAAACUGACUUUUGUACAGCAUAAAACACAGGCUUUCACAAAUUUUGUAUUGCUUUUUUUCCAGUUUUGCAGAAAAUUUACAUUCUAGUUCUCUUCACACAGUAGAAGUUGUAAAUAAUUUAUGAAUGACAGUACACAUUAAAAGGUAUGCAUUAACAGCAUAUUAGUAUGCUGUUUUAUUUGCUGAAGAAAAUACUGUCUUCUAUUUUUAAUGAUACGUUAGGUACGACGUGUAGUUCGGUAGAGUUCUAAAAUUUUUGUACUACUUUCAAUUUGGUGAAAACGUAUUAAGUUGUCUACCAUGUUUUCUUUUCUAGCUGAAUAAACCACAUCAAAGAAAAGGGACCACAGUAUUUGAAUGUUUGAAAGUCUGUAAAGCUUAAGGUUUUAAAAAUGUUGCCCGUAAUGUUGAACAUGUCUGUUAAAAAAUAAAAGAAAAAAUAGUUGCUUCAAACUAUUUUUAUGAGAAGUUGUAAGCAUUUUUUAGAUAUAAAGCAGUAUAAAGUACUUAUUGUUAUUUUAUUCUGAAGUUGUUUAAAAUUCACCAUGACUUUGACCGCUGCAGAUUCUUUAAUUAAGGGUUAAUUUAUGUUUUGAGGUGGAAUACAAUUUACACUUUUUCUUAAAGACAUGAAUGUGGGUUUCUAUAUUAAGCAUAUUUUGUGACUACUAUUAACAGAUUGAUUUGUUUAGAUAUUAAAUGCUUUAAGCUAUUUUACCUUUUCAA